AUGGAGGCUUCCCCCCGGCGGGCCGGCAAUGGCACCCUGUGCUCCGUGGACACCGGCUUCACGCAGCGCUUCCUGCCCACCGCCUACCUGGUGGUGAUUGCCCUGGGGCUGGUGGGGAACGGGCUGGGGCUGGGGCACCUCUGCACCAGAGCCAGGCGUGGAGCCCGACAGCCCCUCGACUUGCUGGUGGGCAACCUGGGCUUGGCUGACCUGCUGUACGUGAGCACGCUGCCCUUCCUCGUCAGCUACUACCUGCAGGGCAGAGUGUGGCUCUUCGGGCAGGGCUGGUGCCGGAUCACCCGCGGCCUUUUCCACCUCAACCUCUAUGCCAGCAUCGGCUUCCUCACCUGCAUCAGCAUCCACCGCUACCUGGGCAUCGUGCAUCCGUUGAAGGCACGGGGCUGGUGCUAUGGGACAACCCCUUCAGUGUGGCUCAGCACGAUGGUCUGGGUGUGGGUCAUCGCACAAGUAGCUCCAGAUUUUGCCUUCAGCAAGAUGGACGACACGGGGACACAGUGCCACGACACAACAGAGCACGAGUACCUGGGUGUUUACUUGCCAUACACCAUGACCAUCACCGUGACUGGAUUCAUCAUCCCAUUCCUUAUCAUCAUCGGAUGCUACUGCCACGUGGUGGUGGUGCUCUGCAGGAAUGACACUGUGAACCUCAGCCUCAGGAGAAGAAGCAUCAGUCUGGCGAUUCUUGUGAUGAUCCUCUUCUCCAUCUGCUUCCUCCCCUACCACAUCUUCAGAAACCUCAACUUGUUGUCUCGAGGCUGGCAGCUACAAGGGUUCUGCACGCAGGCUGUGAAGAAUAUCUACCUUUCAUACCAGGUGACCCGGGGCCUGGCCAGCUUCAACAGUGCCCUCAACCCCCUGCUCUACGUGAUGACCAGUGAAACAUGCAUGUCAUGUAUGAGGACCCUCUGCCAAACAAGGAAAACCUCUUGCCAGGAAGAUGAGAAGAAUAUGAGCAUCAUUCUUUGUAAGGAGGAGGCUACUGAUGAGCUCUGA